UUUAUGGCUCACUAUUAAUAGUCGUACAAAACGUAUAGUAAACACACGUUUUGUAAACAUUUUCUGUUAAUUGAAUUGACUUUCAAUUUGUGACCACUUUUUUUCGUUGACCACCCGAUUAUUAUCCUAUUGUUGGCCACAUAAUGUCUAUGUCAUUGGGAACCGGACACUACAAUCGGCAGGUCUGGGAGGACGGAAAGUUUCCCAUACUUUGUCAAACAUGUCUCGGUGACAAUCCAUAUAUGCGAAUCAUGACCGAGAAGUUUGGCGCUCAAUGCAAAGUAUGUAACCGUCCGUUCACUACAUUUCGGUGGUGUCCGGGAUUGAAGAUGAGGUACAAGAAGACCGAAAUCUGUCAGACGUGCGCCCGAGCGAAGAAUAUCUGUCAAACAUGUCUACUUGAUCUGCAGUACGGCCUACCCGUACAGGUCAGAGAUCAGAUACUGCAAACCAAACUGGAAUUACCGCAAUCGGACAUCAAUCGUGAAUAUUUCAGUCAGAAUCUGGACAACGCAGUGGCCAACUCGGAUCCGACCCAACCAUACGGUGCACUAAAAUCGGCGCCGCCGUCAGACGUAUUGGCCAAAUUGGCCCGUAAUUCGCCGUACUAUAAGCGCAAUCGACCGCAUAUUUGUAGUUUUUGGGUUAAAGGUGAGUGCAAACGUGGCGAAGAAUGUCCGUAUCGUCACGAAAAACCUAACGAUCCGGAAGAUCCACUGUCCGAUCAAAACAUUAAGGAUCGUUACUUUGGUGUCAACGAUCCGGUGGCCGAAAAACUAUUGAAAAGGGCGUCCGAAUUGCCGCGGCCUAUACCUCCGGAAGAUAAAACAAUUACAACAAUAUAUGUGGGAAAUGUCGGGCCAUUGAUUGAGGAGAAAGACCUGAGAGACUAUUUUUAUCAGUUCGGAGAGAUCCGAUCGGUAACUGUCGUACAGAAAAAUAAUUGUGCGUUCGUUCAGUACACUACCAGACAGGCGGCCGAUAUGGCUGUUGACAAAUCUUAUCAGAAAUUGGUUAUUCACGGACAGAAACUGACUAUCAGAUGGGGUAAAUCACACGCAAAAAAAGGUACCACUGGUGACGGCGACGAGAAAAAAGUUCAGUUGACGCCUGUACCGGGACUGCCAAUCGGUGCGCCCGACUAUUUUGGUUUAGGCCAGUCUUCCUCGAGCGCCGGCCCAUCGAGAGCUCAACCAUUUGCUAUACCUCAGUUGGCGCCACCAAUAAUUGGUGCUCCAGUUCUCAACCAACAAAUUCAUUAUCCAUCGCAAGAUCCGAACCGUAUGGGUUCAGUGGGCAUCAAAUUACCCGCUUAUAAUCGGGAAUAAUUUAUCAAUUAAUUUUUGUUUUGUUUUUAUCCAUUUAUAUAUAUCGUAAUAUUGAUAUUAAUUUAAUUAUUCCACGAAUA